AUGACCCUUGCACCAACUGCAAAAAGUCCGAGGUGGAGUGCAAGUAAGCCAUACACGAGAAAACGCAAGCGCUUCACCAACAGCCUGUCUCCAGGGCGAAAUGUGACGGGUUCUGCAUCUUUGAGUCAGACACCUCGGAGUUCGCAGGUUCCCGCCGAGUUGGAGAUUCAGCCACAGCGGAACUCUUUCAGCGUGCCUCACAGAGGAAACGGACCAGAAGCUAACGUUGGUCUGCCUGCGAGUAAUGGCGAACCUUUCAUCAAGGAAGAGAGCUAUCGCGGGCGCGACGAAUAUGUCGGCGGCAGCGUCCCAUUCGAUGAAAAUAUGGUCAAGCCCGGUCGCGAAACCACGUACACGAACCCCAAAGAAUCAGUAGCUGAUUUGCAAAUGCUUCGCGACCAAGGCGUCUUCGAAUUACCUCCAAUAUCGGUACAAAAAGAGCUAAUCGCGAGUUUCAACACGCAUUGUGCGCCUUGGACCCCCGUUGUGGAUCCGAAAUGGCUGGAUGAGAGUGCGCCAUCGAUGCUGCUUCUGCAGGCGAUUUUUCUCGCUGGGAGCAGAGUUUCAAAAGCUCAUCUCGAUUAUGGCUCUAGCGAGACGAGCGAAACUGCUUUUUUCUUCGGUGGUUGCGACAAUCCUUUGAUUUCGAUUGUCGCCGCUUGCCUCCUGCAUUGGUAUAACCCUGUCGGGCCUGAGGAUGUGUCUACCGAUACCAGUGGCUUUUGGAUUCGCACGGCUGGAGCAAUGGCCUUUCAGAUUGGGCUACACAAGGAGCCAUCACCACAUGCUCGAGAUCGUGGGCUGAGGAGAAGACUGUGGUGGUCUCUGGUGGUCCGCGACAAUAUAAUUUCCGUUGGGGUUGGCCGACCAAGGACCAUCAAUCUGCGUGACAGCAAUGUCCUUCCACCAUCAAUGAGCGAUUUCCCCGUGAAGAACUUCAAAUCCCGGUUGUUCCUAGCCUAUUGCACGAUAUCGCAGCUUCUGGGAGACACAGUAGAGUCCCAUCUGCGACAAGAAAUCUCCCUCCAAAGGAAAAUCGAUCUUGAAAAUGCCGUCUACAGAUGGGCAAAACAAGUCAUUCCCAAACUCCAAUCAUCUGUCGCCGAGCAAGAAGAUGCGCCCAUCUGUACCCUCCAAAUCCGGCAGAUGCUGAUCAUGUAUUUCGUCGUGAUCACCAUUCUCCAUCGUUCCCCCACGCCAGGCAGCGUACCACCCGCAGCAUCGCUGGUCGCCUCUUCCUUUAUCGCCGGGAUCUACGAAGAAUUCCUGCUUCGAGAUGAGCUCAGAUACUUAGGGCCCGUCUUUGCAUUCUAUCCACUCUGUGCUGGAGUCUCACUCCUUUCCAGCUGUCGCUAUGCACAUCUGCAGAGCACCGCCGAGCACGAAAUAACAGUUAUGAAGCUCUCUUUACAAAAACUGUCUGAAAGAUGGCUCUCGGCCGUCGGACCUUUGCGUGCCUUGAAUAACUUGACUGAGAAAGUUCGUGAGCAGGGUCACUUUGAGGAGCCACCGCCCACGCUUGACUCGGAUGUAGCGUCCUUCUUUGAAGGAUUUGACUCCAAACUGUGCAAGCAAUGGCAGACUUUUGGUCAGUCACCUGAGACUCCCAGUGCAAACACAGGUAUCGCACCUACUUGUACCUUGACGGAUAUUCAUGAUCCCAAUGAUGGGCUGGGGACGAUCGAUGGCCCAGCGGGGCAAUCGAUAGAUGCUUAUGACUUUACCUCGCUUGAUGUCAGUUUGGAUCCUUUCAGCAAUAAUUGGGAAGGGGCUGGGUUUGAUUGGAGUGGCUCCUGGCUACUUAAUAUAUGA